CAGUCCAGCCAGCUCGACACCCACCCGGCACCUCCCGACUGCAGGGACGCCGAGACCAUCACAGAUGUGUGCAACAGCACCGACCUGCCAGAGUUUGAGAUCAUCAGUCUUCUGGAGGAGCAGCUGCCUGUGUACCGGUUGCGGGCCGACACCGUCUACGGCUACGACCACGAUGACUGGCUGCACACCCCCCUGGUCGCGCCGGACGCCAGGCUCGACCUGACCACCGAGCAGAUCGAAGAGACCCUCAAAUACUUUUUGCUAUGUGCAGACAGAGUGGGCCAGAUGACGAAGACCUACAAUGACAUUGAUGCUGUCACACGUUUGUUGGAGGAGAAAGAGAGAGACCUGGAGUUGGCUGCAAAGAUCGGCCAGUCGCUUCUUAAGAAGAACCGAAGUCUGACUGAGCAGAAUGACUAUUUGGAGGAACAAGUGGGGCAAAUCACGGAGGAGGUGGCCCAGCUGCACCAUGAGCUGAACCUGAAGGAUGAGCUGCUGCAGUUUUACACCAAUGCAGCUGAGGAGAGCGAGGACGAGUCCAGCAGCUCCCCAACGGGUAAAAAGACCAAAGUGGAAACAGCCUCUGGAGGCUUUGUGAGUGACACACUCCAGAGGAAACUCAAAGAGCUCGAAGAAGAAAACCUGUCGCUGCGCUCCGAGGCUAAUCAUCUAAAAUCAGAGACCGAAACCUAUGAAGAAAAGGAGCAGCAGCUUGUCAAUGACUGUGUCAAAGAACUCAGGUUGUCCAGUCUCCAAAUCUCUACCAUAGCAGAAGAACUGGCGCGUAAGACUGAGGACGCUUCACGGCAGCAAGAAGAGAUCACACACCUCCUGUCUCAGAUAGUAGAUCUUCAGAAGAAAGCCAAAUCUUAUGCAGUGGAAAACGAGGAGCUCUCUCAACACCUGAUGGCAGCUAAAGAUGCUCAGAGGCAGCUUACAGCAGAGCUCCAGGAGUUGGAGGAGAAGUACUCCGAGUGUAUCGAGAUGCUGCAUGAAGCUCAAGAGGAGCUGAAGAACCUGAGGAACAGAAACUACCCUGCAGGAACCCCCCGCCGCUACCACCCGCUGGGACUGUACCCAAUGGAUUCUCUGGCCGCUGAGAUUGAAGGAACCAUGAGGAAGGAGUUGAGUAUGGAUGACCCCGAGUGUGAAGAACAGAAGGUCCAUCGGAAGCGUGUGUUUGAGACGGUCAAGAACGUGAACCAGACAGUCCGUCAGCGAUCACUGACUCCAACCAGCUCCAACAUCCCGGGCUCCAACCAGUCUCUUUCAGCUCGAACAUCGCCCCAGUCUAGCGGCCUCACCACUCCCCACUCCACUAUGUAUGGAGGUGACCUCGGCGGAGACAGCUUUGCCCUUGACAACCGAACACAGAGCAUUUUGAUGGAGACGGCAUCCAACCAGGACAGCACAGAGGGCCGAGAGAAGAAGGCGACCGGUGCUGAGGAUCUUCGGCUAGCUCUGCGCCGUCUGUCUCUGCGACGACAAAACAACUUGAGCGAGAGGCGCUUCUUUGAAGAGGAGAGAGAGCGGAGACGAGGAGGACACACCGGACUCCAGGACGCCCUGGGCCAGGACAGCGUGUUGACCCCCUCCGAAAGCAUCAUGUCACUCGGAAACCUCCAUCUGUGGGCCUCACGAGGACCCUACCUCCCUGAUAAACUCCAGAUCGUCAAACCCCUUGAAGGCUCUGCCACCCUGCACCACUGGCAGCAGUUAGCUCAGCCUCACCUUGGUGUGAUUCUGGAUGCCAGGCCGGGAGUCGUGCCAAAAGGCUACAGACCGCUCGAACUAGAGCUGGAGCAGGUGUACCCGUGGGGUGGCUUUGAGGAGGAUGAACCAGGAGAGCAAUACUUCCAGAAUCUGCCCACCUCCACAGCUUCUGCCUCCCCGGCCGUUCCCUCCACCUCCAGCACGGGAGACGCAAACCUCGGGCAGCCUCCGCCCAGCCUCGCUCCACCUUCUCCGCCUUCUCCAUCGCCGUCACCUCAUCUUAGCAACACCGACGCUCUGGCCGCAUACUACCCAGGUAAAUGCAUGGCCCACACCAGCUCCACCUACACCUUUACAACCUGUCGGAUUCUCCACCCGACUGAUGAGCAGACGCGGGUGACGCCCAGUCUAAACCCAGUCCCUGCGUCGUCCUCCUGCGUGAUGACCAGCACUCUGUUGGGUACUCCUGCUGCUACUCCCUGCACGCCCCGCAGGCUCAGUCUCAGGCCCUCUGAAUCCUCAACUAACCUCAGAGAUGCAACACGCACCACCAGCACCUCCCUGGGGUUAGUGCGCCUUCUCCAGGAGAGAGGAAUCUCAGCAGCCAUGUAUCACCAGAGCCAGGGCCUGGAGUACGGUCAGGGCAGCGGAGGAGUCCUCUUCAGCACCUCCAUCGCCCCGAACCGACCGCCCAAUCCUGACCCUCUGCGUCCCUCAACCCCUCCGAACUCCCCCACAAGACAGGGAGCUUCAGCUGUGCCAACCUCCGCGGGCUUCGACUUCAAGAGUCCCUCCUAUGACAACUUCCUGGCCUCCAAACCGGCCCGGUCCAUUCUGAAGGAGGUGACGGAGGGGAAGAGAGGCCGGCAAAGAGGGAGGGACUGUGAGAGCCAAACAGACGUUAGCGUGACCGUCCACAACCUCAACCUGCUGGACAAGGUCAAGCGGCUGGGCGUGGCUGGAGCUCAGGGGGGGAGAGCAGUGAGUCCUAGUCCCAUCCUGGGGCCUCUGGGUGGGCUGCGUAGAUCCGGCUCCCCUUUUGGGCCCGAUGGAAUGAGGAGGAACCGGAGUUAUCCAGGCAUGGUUGGAGCCAGCAUGGUCAUGAAAGCCCCGGGCCCUCAAGAGUAGUCUGGACUGCUGUUGGCCUUUAGGGUAGCAGAGAUGGAGCCAGACGGGGCGAAGGACCGACUGCUGAGCAGCCACCUGGAGCCCAAACACGGACUGACGAUGUUCAUAUGAACACAACAUGGUACUACUGAUCAGUUUGGAAUCACUACUGUGGUUCCACCUGAACGCUAUCCACUCUUUAAUGCUUUGAAGUGACAAGUCAUGCUUAAAAUACAAGCAAAAUAGCUGAAAGAGUUAAUUCACCCAAAAUACAGAAGACAGAAACCAGUCAGUCACAACAUUAGAACCACUGACCUAAGACUGUGUAGAUGUGGUGGGCCACUUUUUGUGAUGUGAUGGGGCACAAUGUCCUGCAGCGUCCUCGCUUAGCAACAAUGUUUAGGUACAUGCCAAAGUAGCAUCCACAUGAAUGCCAGGACUUUGAGAUAAUCAAUGACAUACCCUUCACCCGUCAGUGGUUUUAAUGUUGUAGCUGAUCAGUGUAUUUUCUGACAUACCUCUCCUGGUAUGGAGCCAUAUAUAUACACAGCAGUUUUUGCUUUUAUGUGCCCAGAUUUUACGAUAUCCCUUAAACGAAUGGUUGACUUAGCAAUUUCUCGGUACAAGCAUUUACAUGUAAACACCUUUGCAUAGUCCACUUCUAUAUCUUGACAGCAGUUUGCAAAGACAUGCACAAGCCCUUUAGACAGAUUUUUAAUCAUUUUGAUGAUCUUCUGAUUAUAAUGUUACCACCCCAGAGUUUAAUUUGUCAAAUGCUUGAAGGCCAAACCUCAACUGAUAAAUCUCCCCAAAUUAAGACGUACCAUAGACAUGUUCCCUUUCUCAGAGCUUUGUACUUCAUACGCCGAUAUUUAAAAAUCUGGACAUGCAAAACCAAUUUUAUGUAAUUUCAUUUUACAUAAUUGGGUGAACUGACCCAUUAAAAUGAGAAUAUAUUGAAAGAGAGUGACUGAGAUAUCACUCAGAUGCCUGCUUUGGAGACUGACUCUGCUGGCUAGAUGUAGUACUCCCACUCUUGCCUUUUCUGAAGCGCAUCCACAAAAUCCCACACACAUCCGGACAUACACAGGUGCACACUGUUAAAUCUUCCAUUGCACUGGCUGGGCUAUUUGUAGUCGCUGUAGCACUAAACCACGCUUUUCUUAUUCAGUGUAAGUGGGAUAAAAUCCACAUUUUAUAACUGAGGAAAACUUUUACACCAAAAUUCAUAAAAACAUGUCAUCGUCUCCUUCUCUCUCUCUCUCUGACCCUCACCUUAAUCCCUCUUGAAGUGAUUAGGUUUGAGUCUGACACAAGUACUUUCAACAAAUCACUACAUAGAUUUUAUGUCAGUAUUAAAGAUGCACUGGUUUACUUUCUUAAUUGGCCAUUAGAUGGGGAAGUUGAUGGUGCUUCCACUGAACUGAAAGGAUCAAUACGCUGAAGCCGCAGCUCACAAAGAACACAGAGAGAGAGAUGAGGGAAGUGAUCGGGGCUAGUCAGCCGUCACGGUCAGAAGCUUUUUUUUUCUUAAGGUUUUGUCAGAGAAAUGAAGCAAUAUAGUGCCUCAGCCUUUUGUGUUUCAUGAUUUGUGUCUCUCAUGCAGCUGUGAAGUAGCUCACACAACCAUAGUUGCACUUGUAUGUAUUUAUUUUAAAAAAUCCUACCCUCAACUGAAACAAUUUUUCAAGAAAAUCACAUUGUCUUACACACUGUAUAUACUGUGUUCAUCGUCACUGAAAUGUCAGCACUUAUAAAUGAACUGUUAUGUGUAGUGCAUAACCAAGAAACACACAUCACUGUAAGUAUUGGGGUGAGCAUGUAAUCAGGGUUUUUUCCAAAUAAAAAGUCAUCAAACAAUCUU